AUGCCCGUGCCCGCACCUGAACGGAGAUAUAGCGUCGUAAUCGAGCUGUACGACCACACCUCGACGACGUUCGAGCCCUCGCCGCUGUACCCGAACACGCGUACGCGGCUUCCCCCGGCGCUCGACCACGACUUGCUCGCUUCGCACCGCAAGCUCGUCCUCCCCUCAGGAAGCCUGUGGCGCCACUUCCCCAUCAGUAGGAAGCUACAGACCACUUCGAGUGCUCCGAUUCCUUCACCGACGUUGGGUCCGCCACGUCGACCGCCUACGAGUGCGACCGCCUCGAGUGGGGUGUGGUCCGAGUCAACUGGACCGGUCGCCCCGCCUUUGAUCGCUACAGCCGACCUCUUCACACCAUCCCAGGCGACCCAAAAGGCGUCUCUCGACUUUCGUUUCGGUCCCAUCUCGAUCGAUUGCGUCGAUCACCCUACGCCCUUGUCGUACGCCCCGCUCGCCUCGUCCUCGUCCCCGAACAAUCCGGCCAUGUCCCCGCCUCUACCGUUGAUCGAGAAUCUUGCCCUCAGUCCAGCGGGGAGCAACUCUCUUCACCUGUCUAUCCCGGGCUCCCCUCUUGUACGCACUCGCUCGUCUAGAUCAUCAGGAGAUCCUAAAUCACCAGCGACUUCAACCGGAACUCCGUCGAUCCGACCCCCCGAGAAAUCAGGCACGACCGAUCUGUACUGGGGCACAAUCCAUCUCUAUCGCGAAGGUGGCGUCACAGGCGAAAGUUCAGAAAAGGAGAAGCGCAAGGCAGUGCAGGAUGAUGCUGGGACUGUAGUGGGGCUCGUCUCGGUGCCUGGGAUCAUUACGGCGGCGGCACUGUUGACCUUCAUUUCGCCGGCGUUGGACUCAGUCUUGCAUCUGAGGGUGUUGAGGUGGGUUUCGCGUAUGCUUUGGGGCUUGGUCAGAGUAUCAAAUUCAGAGCGCUUCCGUGGUUUAGCGCUAACGGCUUCUCUCACGGCCUGGUCGGAUGUGUGCAGAGACUCGACCCCUAACCGAACUCUGGUCCUCAUUCGCUUUCGAGAUGGUACGUGAAGGCCGUUGCUGCAACUCAAGGAACGCGAGUGCUGAUCCUUUGGUCUCUGUCUGCUAUAACUACAGCGAGCGAUGCGUCCGAGUUCCGUACCAUGUACAAUGGACGCCCCUACCACGACACCAAAGACUCCGAACUGUGUCACGUCGUGCCCAUCUCGAGCAUCCAGCUCAAGACCUCGACGACACCCCCGUUCACGUUCCCUUACCCAUCUUCGAACCUCGACGGGGAUACGAACGAUCAGGUCGAGCUACCGACGUGCCCCAUCUGCCUCGAACGCCUCGACGCCAACGUCAGCGGUCUCAUCUCUCAGCUCUGUUCUCAUGAUGCGCAUUGCGAGUGUUUGCUAAAGUGGGGCGAUUCGAGGUGAGCCCGAUGGAAACCCCGCAAUCAAAUGACUACGUUGGUGAUCACUGAUGAGUGGGUAUCGUGCAUUCCUAGGUGCCCGAUUUGUCGACAGACGAAUCUUCGCAAUCGACGAGGGACCAAUACGGCGCCUCCACCUUCUCUCUGCACGGUGUGUCAAUCGCCGGCGAACCUUUGGAUCUGCGUCAUCUGUGGCAACGUCGGGUGGUACGUCGCACUCUACCCGAACUUCACGAGUGACUUCUAUUAACAGCGAGCACUCUCUAUAGUGGGCGAUACCAAGGCGGUCACGCGCACUCUCAUUUCGAAGAAAGCGGGCACAGGUACUCGCUCGAGAUCGAGACUGGCCGCAUAUGGAGUUACGCCGACGACGAAUACGUUCAUCGUCUGAUCCGUUCGCGCACGGACGGCAAACUCGUCGAACUGCCUUCCAUGUUUGGCAACAAUGGACGAUCGACGGACGCGAAUCUGGAGCACAAACAACGCGCGAGGUCGAAUUCGACUUCGGGUGGCGGAGGAGGGGGUACAGGUGGACCUGAUCGAAGUACCGAGGCCUCGCAGGAUAAGUUGGAGGCAAUGGGGGUCGAGUAUGCGAAUCUGAUGACGAGUCAAUUGGAGUCCCAACGAGGGUAUUAUGAGGAGGAGAUGGCGAGGGAUAAGGACGAGAUUGCGCAGUUGAGGAAGAAACGGGAGGGGCUUGAGAGGGAGCGUGAAGGGUGGGUUGGGGAAAGGAACGAAUUAGUCAAGCGGGUCAAAGAUAUUGAGGCGAGGGAGGAGGAAACGAGUCGCGCUUGGAAAGUGAAAUUCGAGGCGAUGCAGAAACAGGUUGGGGAGGAUGAAUCGAGGAGGAAGAAGGAGAAGGUCGAAUGGACCAAGAUGCGGAAACAGUUGGAGAAGGAAUUGGAAUCGGAGAAAGCCGUGACCAAGUCGCUGACGGAGAAUUUGGGGCAUUUGAGAUCCGAAGUCGCUAAAAGGGAGGCCGAGACGGUGCAAGUCAGGGCUGAGGUUGAUGAUUUGAGGGAACAGAUGAGGGAUGUCAUGUUUGCGCUUUCAGCGAGGGAUCAGAUCGAGGCUCAGGGUGGGGCAGCAGAAGCGGCGGGAGGGACGAUCAUUGCUCCGACGUUAGCCCCUUCGACACCCAAUUCGGCGCAGAGGAGGAAAAAGAAGUAA